AUGGUAAGACUUAACGCAGUCAAACUAGUUGUGAUAAUUGGGGUUCUGGUUGGGUUCUUGUCUGAAUCAGUUGUGGGUCAGGAAAGGUCCGUUGCUAGCUACGUGACACCAGCCUUUUUUAGCCGUAUAAUUGCUCAGGCUGGUACAGGAUGUGAGGGGAAGAAUUUUUAUAAGCGAAGUACGUUUCUUGCAGCUGCAAAUUCGUUUCCUAAGUUCGGUCAUGCUGGUCUUGUAACCAGAUCAAAACGUGAAAUUGCUGCAUUCUUUGCUCAUGUAACUCAUGAAACAGCACAUUUUUGUUUCAUUAGAGAAAUAGCUCGAGGAACAUAUUGUCAAAAAGGCACGAAAUAUCCGUGUGUUGCGGGGAGAAAAUAUUAUGGCCGAGGGCCAAUUCAGCUGACAUGGAAUUUUAAUUAUGGAGCGUGUGGCAAGAGCAUCGGUGUGGAUCUUCUGAAGAACCCAGACCUCGUGGCUACCAAUGCCGUCAUUUCAUUUAAGGCUGCGCUUUGGUUUUGGAUGAAUAAUGUUCAUUCAGUUAUAACUUCCGGUGGAGGUUUUGGUCGUACCAUCCGUAGAAUCAAUGGCGGUGAAUGCGGUGGUGGAAAUCCAACAGCAGUUCGUAACAGGAUUAAAUAUUACAAAGCAUACUGCAAGCAGCUGGGUACAACGCCUGGGCCAAAUGUUUCUUGCUAG